GAAGGGCGGGCGUUGCCUUGAAUCGCCAGCUUUUGUUUCUUAUUUUGGGUUGGCUGUAUCUAGAGCUGGGGGACAAAAAUUGGAAUUGAACCAAAGGAGGCUUCAUGCGCAGGUAGCUAUGAAAUGUACAGCAACCUAGCCAGGAGAAGUUCUCAUUACAACUUAAUGUGGGGCAUUGGGAUUGUCUGAAUCGCCAAUACUGGUUAAGGGAAUCUUCAUCACUGGAGGUUUUUAAGAAGAGACUGGACAGAUAACUUGUCUGAAAUGGUAUAUAGGGUCUCCUGCUUGAGCAGGGGGCUGGACUAGAAGACCUCCAAGGUCCCUUCCAGCUCGAUUGAUUGAUUAAUCCUUGAUUUUAGGGUACGUUUUAUGCUGGAUUUGCCAACCAGGAAACUAGAUCAGAAGUAUAUAAAUUUCUCUUGAACCCAAAGCACUCACUGCAUGAAAUGAGGUGAAUGAUGUUUCAUCAGAUUGUUUUAAAACAUCUGACACUCAUAAGAUUCAGAAAGUUUAAAAAGCCAAUAAAUGAAGGGGGGGGAAAAAAAAGAAGUCGUGGAAUUGCCCAUAUAGGAACUAUAACGGAGAAUCGUGUGGCUAAAACCAUCUUCCCCAAUGUGGAGACUGCAGCUUCCAGUCAUGCGGAGUCCCAGGACCUUGAAGUGAGACCAUGGACAAGAAGAAAGAUUCAGGCAAGCAUCUGGACCCCCCUGCUGUGUUCCAGACUACAAGGCCAACUGAGCCAAUCAGCACCACCUCCAACAGUGUCUACUACUGGGCUCUUGGGGGCCACAGCUUACCCUAACUGGGAGGAAGCUGCUGAACUCCGACGAGAGAAUUUGCGUUUGAAAGACGAACUUCAAAAAUGGAAUACAAAAGUAGAUACGACAGAAGACCCAAAAGAUAAGACCAGGUUGGCUGAGCCUUCAAAUGUCACCCUGGCAAUGUCUCAACAGGCUGAAAUCAUCUCCCAUCAGCUCCACGAGAUCCAGCGGUUGGAGUCAGAGGUUAGCGCCCUCCGAGUUUCCUCUGCCCAACAGGAGGCAACCAUAGCUGCUCGGGAAAGUACCCUGUCCAAUCUCCAAGGAGAACUAACCUUCCUCAAAAGCCAGAAUCUUACUGAAGUUGCUAUCCUGAAGACCCAACUGGAAGAAGUCAGGAAAAGUAGUCAGCAAGAGAAAGAGGCCCUAAGGAAUGAAUUGGAAGAGCUCAGGAAGCAAAGUCAGUUGAAAGCAGAUUUCCUGAGGGAGGAACUGGAGUCAACCAAGGAAAGGAGCAAUCAUGAAAUUGCCCUGGCACAGGGAGAGCUGCAGCAGAUGAAGGAAGAGCGAGAGGUGGAGUGGAGGAGGCAAGAGACCAUGGUUCAAGAAUGCCGACAGUCAGUCCUGAAAGAGUACCAAGCAAAGCUGAAUGAGCUGUCUGAAGUCUACGAAGCUGAAGCGACUUCCUUGAAGCAUCAGAUAUGCGCAUUCCAGCAGGAUUUGGAAGCUCAGCGUAAGGAAGCCAGUCAGUUAAGGGAGAAAAAAGAUAUACUCCAGAACCAACUCAGUGUGACUGAGGCAGAACUGGCUACCCAGAAUGCUUUGGUGCUGCAGUUUAAGACCUACGUGGGGGAGCAGAAGUCAAGUAAACCUGGUUUUGAACAGGAGCGGCUGAUAAAUCGAAUACAGCAACUUGAGGAUGAGAAGGAGGCUCUGAAAAUGACAGCUGAGCUUCUGCAAGUUCGUGUGGCUUCGUUAGGUGAUAUCUUGACUCUGCAGGAGACCGAGCUUGAUAAAAAGGUGCAUCUCCAGGACCCUCUCCAGUCUGAGUCAUCUCAAAAACUUCAGUGCCUGCUGACCAGAUGGCGGGAGAAAGUAUUUUCUCUCCUGGUGCAGCUGAAGUCUCAGGAGCUGAGUCAUAGGGAUGACACUAAACUUUUGGAGAAGAAGGUAAAAGAUAUGGAAGAAGAAGUGGCUUCUAGAGAACAGAAAGUAGCGUUGUUGCUCCACAGUCUUGAGGACAAAACUGCUGAAGCGGAUAUGGAGAGAGUAAGAAACAAGACUCUGCAAGCAGAGAUGCUGCACUGCAACAAACAAAUGCAUAGUUUUCAACAGAGGGCAGAGGCUGGUGAAAAAGCCCUUCGGGAACUGGCCGACUUUGUCAGCAGGCUAAAGCAGCAGCUGAUGGGGCAGGAAGAGAGAUGGAAGGCAGCUUUGUCAAGGCUUCUGGGCCUGGGAAAUAGGGUCAGUUUUGCAACCAAGAGAGUUGACACCAUCCAAGGGCUUGUAUGUCGGAAAAUAGCACUGGCAAAGCUUCAGCGAGAAGAAAAACAUAUUGCAGGGACAGACCAAGAGAUUCAGCCAUCGUAUGAAGACCUACAAGCUGAGUUACACAUGCUGCAUGAGGAACGAGACCGACUCUCUGCGGAGCUUAAACAUGGGGCUCAACUGAUAGAGAAGAAGGUGGCUGAAGCAAGAGAGAGAGUGGAGACUGAUCUGAGCAAAAUGAGGGGAACGUUGCAGCACCUGCAGGAGACGCUAGAGGCAAAGACAGCGGCAGAGCAGGAACUGAGGCAACAGUUGGAGGCUACAGAAAAACAACUGGAAACAACCAACAGUGAGCUCCAGAGGACUGCCGGAGCUGCAGAUAGUUUGAGACAGGAAGUGGGACAAUUAAGAGCAGAGUAUGAGAGAGCUCUGCAGGAGAAGGUAACGGAAGUUGAAAGGCAACUGCGGAAGGAUCUUUCUGAAAUGGAAAAAGCACUUAAUACAGCACGGAGAGAACACGCCAAAGCAGUGGUUGCCCUUCGGCAAGCUGAGCGACAGGCAGCCAGAGACAAAGCAAGGAGUGAGGAACUGGCAACAAUUCAGGAGUCUGCAACACAACAGGAAAUGGCCCGUCUAGAAGGACUUCUGAAAGAGCUUGAGAGGGACAAAAACGUGUUAAUGGCCACCUUGAGGCAAGAAGGGCUACUAGCCCAGUAUCGAAAGAAUCGGAUGCCAGCAGUCCCAGCUAAGUCAAUUGGAAAGACAGGAACUAGUCCUCCAUCUAAAGAAUCCCUAUUUGCUGUGUUGGAUGACUUACAAACUCUGGGUGCUGCUAUCUUGGAGGAGGAAAAGCCUGACAAAAAUACAAACACCCUUAUGGACACUUAAAAAUACAGUGGGAAAAUAUUGGAGAAGCAAGGAUGAGAGAGAUCAUUUUAUUUUGUAAUAAAAAUGAUGUAAAUAAAUUUAUAUUUGAAAUGUUCA